CACAACUAUGUAACAUGCUAUGCAAAUUCCUUUCGUGUUGUUGUUGUUUUUGACUAUUGAAUUGAAUUAUACAGCACUGGAGUGUAAAGAUGGAUAGAGUUGUAAGCUCACUUCUAGCUUCCAACUGUAGUUCAAGAAGAAUAAAGCAAAACAAAAAAAAAGUGUGAUGUCAUGAUUAGCGUGACGUGUAGUUUACUGGCUAGGGGCAAUUUUUUCUUUUUUUUGGUGGAGGCAUAUACAUACAAGCACACAUACACACAGAGAAGGGGAAAUUGAAAUAGAGCCAUAUCUUAAUUUCUUUUCUUAACUUACACACCCCACUCUCAGUACAAUGGCCUUCCGUACAGCUACACAACGUGCCUUGAAUGUUCGCGCCAUGAUGAACGUUACCCGUCAACCUAUCACUAUUACUUCUGUCCGUCCUCAAUCCACCUUGAGUACCGGUGAAGUUGUUCAAGAUCCUCAAAUUGGUGAUUAUCCCAACUUGCCUCGUAUUAGUGCACAAGAAAGAGGUCCUUUUGGCUGGGACGAUCCUCAAGACAAACGUAACUUUGGUGAGCCUCUUCAUGAAGAAGACGAAAUUAUGGGUGUCUGGGCUCCUGAUCUUCACACCUAUAGUCCCCGUAAGGCUGCUGCUCAACUUGCUCUUGCUUUCGGUAUCCUUGCUGGUGUUUCUGGCAUUGUCUACAAGACUUAUCCCGAAAGCCCUGCUGUCAAGCGUACUUAUCCUUACAAUGGUUUGACUGAAGAAUUCGGUGCUCGUGAGGGUGAUAUUCGUCCCCGCGGUGCUCGUGCUGGUGAUCAAUAGAUAUUGUAGUAAUAAUAAAAAUAAAAAAAAGAAAGAAAGAAUCAAACUACUUUAGCAUUUAGGCAAUCAUAAAGAGAAUAAAGCUUUGAGUAUGUUGUAUGUGAC